UUCCUUGCCAUCACCACAGACUGCUUACAGAUCCUGGCAUAUGGCAACCAGGAGAGCAAGUUGAUCAUCCUGGCCAGUGGAGGACCUCAGGCUCUGGUCAACAUCAUGAGAACAUACACGUAUGAGAAACUGCUCUGGACCACAAGUCGUGUGCUUAAGGUGUUAUCUGUCUGCUCCAGCAACAAACCUGCCAUCGUUGAGGCUGGUGGCAUGCAGGCUCUUGGCCUUCACUUGACAGAUCCCAGCCAGCGUCUGGUUCAAAACUGCCUCUGGACUCUUAGAAACUUGUCAGAUGCCGCCACCAAGCAGGAAGGGAUGGAAGGACUUCUUGGCACUCUGGUUCAG